ACCGACAUUGUAGCCAUUCAAAUAUUUACUUAUACAUAUAUAAACUUAAUGCACCCUGUAUAUUGUAAAAAAUAUAUUUUUUCUGUCUGCCUAAUAUUUAAUGACAAAUGUAGUAUUUUAAAAAUUAACUAGAAAUUUAAAAUGUAUUUUUUAUCAUAAAAUUAUAAAAAAUCACUUAAAUGCCAGUGGUUUAUUAUUUUAAAUAAGUAACAAUUUUAUUUAUUAUCUAAUGUAAAUAUUGAAACUUUUCCUUAAAAAUGUACAAUAAAAACUAGAUACUUCUUUAAACAGCAAACAUGUUAAAACUAAGAAGAUCUAGACGCGAUUAUGGCUACGAUUGGAACUACUACCCCCAUUCAAAAUACUACAAAUACUACAAAGAUGUAGGGAGUUUUGGUUUAUAUUUUAAUUGGCCUUUUGGCAGAAGUUCCAUAUACAACUACCAAAUUUUACCAUACCCAUACAUGACCGAAGGUAUUCCAAGUGAACAGUCAUUCAGAAAUGUCAGAACGAUGAUCUCACUGCUUAGAAAGCCUCGUUACCUAAAUAGGGGGUACGAUUUUGACUACUACCCUCAUUCCAGAUUCUACCAAAGAUAUAGAGAAUACGGGGAUCUAAGUUUAUAUUUCGGUUGGCCGUUAUAUUCUCCGGCUAUUACCACGCCAGUUUCGCCUUAUUUUUACGAUCUUAUACCUUCGAGUGAUUCUUUUAGAAGUAUAAGAAUCUUAGGGUAUAAAAAAUAGUUUAUGAUUAUUUAUACAAAUACCUCUUCAAAAAUGGACUAUAACCCCCACUAUUACCCACACUCAAAAUACUAUUUCGCGCAAAAACAACUGGGUUAUGGGCCUUUAAACUAUAUUUACAGCAGGCCCAGAAGGGUCUUGGACUGGGAAUGGCCUUACAAUCAACUAAUUGAAACCCUUCCCAGUGAAUAUGCUUUUAGACAAAUCAGAGUAUCUAGCAAUAACUACAGCCUAGGUACUGUCAGAAGGAAAGCAUCAAGCAGAAGAUAAAUAAUUAAACCUAUUAAUAAAAUUAUAAUAAUUUUAUUUGUAUUGUAACGUUUUUUGUUGAAUAAAUCGAAUUGCCAAAU